GUUCCGUUCGCACGCUUCAGGGUGUGUGCAAAAGUAUUCGGACAGUGCGCGAGACCGAAAGCUUUUGGACAGUGCGCGAGGGUGCGUUUCACGCGGCCGUGUCUUGAACUUUUGGUGUAAUUUUAAACAUUUUAUUAAUAACCUUUAUUUUUUUUUUAUUUGUGAAACGUAAACGGUUAUAUGCAAAAACAGGAUUAAUGGCAUAUCACAGGAGUUCUAUUAUCAACGAGACCCUUAUAUCGAUUUUUCAAGAUUCUGGCAAAGAGGGUCCGUGGAAAAGCAGCGCGUGUCUUCGUCGUAUUCAGACACCGCUUCCGGGGGCCGAUGGAGUUAUGUGUUUAGAUACGAAAUAGGGGAAUUGCAGCUUUAUCAGUUGAAGUGUGGAGAGACGGUCCCGAGGCGUCCGGCUUCGUUAUCCUCUAACGACUGGGGUGUGUUAAAGAAGGUCUUCCUUGAGAAUUUUAGUGAUAGGAAGACCCCCCAACUCCUUUGGACCGCCCCGUGCAAAUGUCAGGCCGAAAGUUUUCGGACGGUGCGCGAAUUUUAAAUCUUUUAUUAAUAACCUUUAUUUUUUAUUUGUGAAACGUAAACGGUUAUAUGCAAAAUAAAAAUAUUUUUAAAUCAUGCGUCACAUUUUAUUAUAUCCUCAUACUCUCUUUUGCGACCUGAAAAUUAUAUUUUAAUUCAAGUACCAGGAUUCAUUCUGAUUCUCGCGGCCGCAGAAUGCAUGUUGGUGUCGGAUGGUACUCUUCUACCUUCCGAAACGAUGAUAUGAAGCGACAGAUGUAUGUGGUCGAGAACUUGUGGCAAGUGUAUUGGGGGGACAAAUGCUCAAGAACUUUUGGGUAUAUAAGAAAGGAAAUGCUCCGACAUUUUCCAGGAAGAAAUCCAGGGGAUCACCAUGAUGGUUCAUGCUAUAAAAGAUCAAGCCGACGUUCACAGGGUACCCGACUUUCAGGUUACCGCGGAAGAACUAGAGGGCAUUAGCCUCAGUCAGACUGAACCAGAUUUUACACAUGGCAUAAAUCCUGAUGAGUUUUCCAGGGAGCCGGGGAACGACAGCCUCGUGGAGGAUCUGGAUUUAAUUCUAACAGGGGCUUCACCCAUGAGGACUAAGCCAACGAUCUCACGAGAUCGAUGUGUUCAGCACGCUCCUCCGAGAAGCGGAGACCCCGCGAUCGAAAUAUUACCGACUCCGACACUGCGAGUCGCGAGCGUGACGCCCAUCUUAAAAGCCUGCGACACGCCCCGGCGAGCGAAGGGACUGAAAUUCAUCAGAAAGAGCCCAUCAAUAGUGAAAAGGUUGUUUACAGAGACUGAAUCGGAGAACACCCCCGAACCGAAUCAGGAAGCGGAGCGACCACGGAGAGAACGUGGACGUCCCGUUAGAGCUCUGUUUAAGCGCAGGUUUCCUCAGCGACGGUUUAACGGCGACGUCUCUAACAGGGAAGUGAGACCCGAACGGUUCCGACGGCCGAGAAUUCCACAGCCUCUCUGCCGGUGUCGUGACGGAGGAUUAUUGCGUCUCGCCAAAAUAACGAGCGAUUUUAUUCGCGACCUUAUUCGUGACUACAGUGCCACGUUUUCUAACACGUAUGAAAAGGUUUUGAUUGAAAUGUUUUGAGUGAAAUGUUUUGAGUGAAAUGUUUUGAAUGUAUGUUCGCCUCGGUAUAUAUUUUUGACGUUGUGAUUGCAAGGUUAUAGAUAGGGGGUAAUUAUAUAUAAUACAAUUUUGCAUGAAAAAAUAAAAAAUCAUUUAACCCCUGA